GACGACGAGGUGAUCUGAGAUCUCCGGCCGCCGCCGCCGGUUUCGGGUUUCGCGGCGCGCCCCCAUCAUGGCCGACUCCACCAGGGUGCUGGCCGUCAUCCUGGUCGUCGACGUCGUCGCCUUCGGCCUCGCCAUCGCCGCCGAGCAGAGCCGCCCAUCGGCGAGGGUGGAGACGGACGCGAGGCAGGAGUGGACCUACUGCGUGUACCGCCCCGACGCGGCGACCGGGCUGGGCGCCGCCGCGCUGGCGCUGCUGCUCAUCGGCCAGGCGGUGGCCGCCGUCUCCAGCCGCUGCUUCUGCUGCGGCGCCGCGCUCCGCCCCGGCGGCGCGCGCGCCUGCGCUCUCAUCCUCUUCCUCUCCUCCUGGUUGACAUUCCUCAUCGCGGAGUCGUGCCUGCUGGCCGGGCUGGUGCAGUCCGCCUACCACACCCGCUACCGCAAGGUCUUCUUCGAGAACCCGCCGGACUGCGAGACGGUGCGGCGGGGCACGUUCGGCGCCGGCGCCGCCUUCUCCCUGAUCACCUGCGUGCUCACCGGAGCCUACUACUUCUACUUCUCCAAGUCGCGGGUCUCCUACGCCCGCCGGGAAGCCACCAUCGGCAUGAGCCCGUACAGCUGAAACCCUGAACCAUCACUUCACUUGAUCUUGUCUCUGCUAUUUGUGCUUAAUUAGUCUGUUAUUACAAUGCAUAUUCAGAGAGAGAGAAAUCACUGUGUAAUACUGUGACAGUUUUGGUAACCAUGUGAUUUAAAUUUAUUUUGUUAGGUCUUUUGCACACAAAGUGUUGUUGGUCUGUUGGUGCAGAGGAUUUUUGCCAGUUGUUCUGCUUGCCUGUGGGUUCCCUGCUACCGGUGCUUCUGCUCUCGUGUCUCGUUGCUCAUUUUCAGAGCUAUAUACUGUAGAUGAUUAUAGCAAAGUGCUAUGAAAUCGCUUCACAAAUUGAUGGGGUUAAUAUCAGAGCAUCUAGCAGAAUGGAAUAUACCCACUGGCUUGAGACUUAUCAAGA